AUAGAUUUGCUAUUCGAAUUUCGCUGUGUAUGUUGGUGCUUGCUGUUUCAACAAAACAAAAGAGUAAACAAACCAACUCGCGUUAUUAAAUUCUGUCUCUAAAACUAAAACUUUUCCCGCCACACUGCAAAUUCAGCUGGUCAGCUCAGCAAAUGUGUGAUUGAACACUUAGUGUAUAUAUAUCAGCAUCAUGAGUGUUGAUAUUCCUAUAUUUCGAUUCACAUCAUGGCACAACUAAAAUUCCUGGUGUGUCUGCUCUUUUUAACUCAAGCUUUGGCUCAAGAUUGUGGGCAGUCUAGUUUUUCUGAUAGUAGGGUGGUAAGUGGCCAGACCGCUCGCCCUCACAGCUGGCCAUGGCAAGUCUCAUUUCGACGUACUGGUAGCACAUUUCACUUCUGUGGUGGGUCUUUGAUUAGCGAUCAAUGGGUAGUCACGGCGGCUCAUUGUGUACAGGGAAAAUCGGCGUCGGGUCUAAGCAUAAGAUUAGGUGAACAUAGUUUCAACUCAAACGAAGGUCAUGAAGUGGACAGUCGUGUUGAAAGGGUUAUUGUACAUCCUGGAUAUUCCAGGCUAAACAAUGACAUAGCAUUAGUCAAGCUGUCCCGAAAAAUAUCCUUUAAACCGCAAUUGCGACCUGUCUGUCUCCCACAACAGGGUGUCAGUGUUGAUGAAAAUUCUGGACAAAAUUGUUACAUUACCGGUUGGGGUCGUACAGGAGCAAACCGACCAGGAGCAACCGUUCUACAACAAGCUAAACUUCCAGUCAUUUCCGCGGCAAAAUGUCGUCAACACAUGGGAUCUUCUGUUUCACAACAAAUGGUUUGCGCAGGUUUUGGUGGAUCAAGUACAGUCAGUGGCUGCAUGGGUGAUUCUGGAGGACCAUUCGUGUGUCGCGAUGGAUCGAACCGUUGGGUCUUACAUGGUGCAGUUUCCUGGGGAAGCAGAACAUGUAGUGCUGGACAUAAUGAAUUCACCGUGUUUGCCCGUGUCUCUGAGUUUGUCGACUGGAUAAAGCGAUAUGUUGGUGAUGUGCAACCACCUCCACCCUCCCCGCAAACACCUAGACCACCGCAAACACCUAGUCCACCGCAACCAUCAUCAGCAAAUUGUAACUUUGACAGUGGAAAUAUCUGCAGUUACGAAAAUGGCAACGGACAGUUUCAAUGGACUGUCUAUAGAGGCUCCACACCCAGUGGUGGAACGGGGCCAAGUGCUGAUGUCACCGGCAGAGGUAACUACCUGUACAUAGAGACGUCUAGUCCAAGACAGUUUGGCGACAAAGCUGCAAUUUUGACACCUACUUUGUACGGAAAACAAUGCAUGAAAUUUUCCUACCAUAUGUACGGUGGUGGUAUUGGAACCCUCAACAUCUAUGCCAACAAUCAAAGAAUAUUUUCAAAAAUGGGAAAUAAAGGAAAUCAAUGGGUAGAUUCCAGCAUGUUUUCUGAAAUAUCUAGAAUAAUUUUCAUGGCAUUGACGGUCAAGUUUGAAGGCGCCCGUGGUAAUAGUUACCAAGGUGACAUUGCAAUUGAUGCUAUCAGUUUCACUCCAGGUAGCUGCUCAUUCCAAACUCCGCCGCCACCGACACAAAGACCAACACGACCAACAAACCCACCGACAAGACCAACAAAUCCCCCGUCACAAACAGUGAGAUGUAACUUUGACCAAAGUACCCUUUGCUCCUUCGCUAACCUUCCAAAUGAUCAAUUUGACUGGACAAUCAAGAAAGGAAGUACACCAAGUGGAGGCACAGGACCUUCACGAGAUGUUUCUGGACGUGGAAAUUAUGUCUUCAUUGAAACAUCAAGUCCCAGACGUCAAGGUGAUAAAGCAUAUCUUGCCAGUCCUAGUGUUAGUGGGGCUCAAUGUUUGAAAUUUUCCUACCACAUGUAUGGGGCAUCAAUUGGAUCCCUGAUAGUCUAUCAAAGUAUGAAUGGACGUAUGACAGAGGUAUCCAAAAUGUCGGGUGAUCAAGGAAACCAAUGGAAAAAAGCCGAAGUAGAAUUGCCCAGUGCAAACAACUACAAGGUUAUAUUCAGUGGGGUGAGAGGAAGUAAUUACCAAGGUGAUAUUGCACUGGAUGAGAUCUCAAUCACAUCUGGUAAGUGCUCUGGAUCGCCUGGCACACCACCUCCACCUGUAACACCUAGACCCCCAUCAGGAUCAUGUGGAGCGAAAGGCCGCGGUCUGAGUGACUUCCCAAAAAUAGUCGGUGGACAACAAGCCCAACCAGGUGAAUGGCCGUGGCAGGUCGCACUUUUGCGUGGAAGCUUCCCGUUCUGUGGUGGUUCACUUGUUUCAAAUGAAUAUGUCAUCACAGCAGCGCAUUGUGUUAAAGCUACGGACUGGAGUCGCGUGAAGAUCAGAUUGGGCGAACAUGACAUGCGCCAAACUGAAGGUCACGAACAAGAUAUUAGUAUUGCAAGAAAUGGCAUCACAGUUCACCCUCGGUACAACUCAAGAAGAACUGAUUAUGAUAUUGCCGUAAUUAAACUGUCCACACCUGUCAAAUAUACACAAAGGAUUAAGCCUGUCUGCAUAAAUAGCGGCGUUGACUUCACAGGCCAGCGUUGUUACAUCUCGGGAUGGGGCAGACUAUCAAGUGGAGGAUCGACACCAAAGGUUUUACAGGAAGCCCAAGUUCCUAUUGUAACCGUACAGGAAUGCAAAAAAUCAUAUGGUAGUAGUAUCACUGAUAGAAUGUUGUGUGCUGGAUAUUCACGAGGUGGUAUCGACACUUGCCAAGGUGACAGCGGGGGCCCACUUGUUUGCCAACAUAGCGAUGGUUCAUGGCAUCUUACCGGCGUGACAAGCUGGGGCCGAGGGUGUGCGUCGGCAGGAUACUAUGGAGUUUACGCUCAUGUUGCAAACCUUUAUCCCUGGGUAAAGCAAGUCACUGGACUUUAAGUUUAAUACUCGUCAAGUACCAUGUGCGCAA